UUCUCGGCCUCCUCCUCAGCAUCACGAGAGACUUUUCCUCCUAUCUCUCCCUCGGCCUGAUCCUUCCGCGCCUUCAUCCCGGAGGGAGCCCUCCGAAGCCGCUUCCUGGGGCGCCGGGAGAAGCGGACGCGGGAGGUUCUGUGAUCAUGAAAAAACCAGAUUGUAUAGAGGUGGAAAGGAAGGAACUACUUCGCAGCCAAGCAGUUUGACAAGAGCCCCCAUGUAGAACUGGAAGCAACUGUGCCUUGCGUGUACACCCUGUCAUGCACGUUGGCGCCUAGCGUGAAGCAGGAUGUCUCAGCAAACCAAUAUCGGGGAACUUCUCCCCAUGUUGGAUUCCCCAGUCCUGGCUGUCCUAGAAGACAUCAUGGCGGUGUUUAGAGACAACCUUGCCUCAGAUCGUGGGCCCAUGCUGGUGAAUUCCUUGGUGGACUACUACUUGGAGACCAGCUCCCAACAAGCUUUGCACAUCCUGAUCGCUGUUCAAGAGCCACACGACAAGCACCUUCUCGAUAAAAUCAACGAAUACAUGAGCAAGCCCGCUACCCGCCUCGCCACUCUUUCGCUACUUGGCCAUGUGAUUAGAUGUCAGCCCUCCUGGAAACAUAAGCUCCCUCACGCCCCUGUGCUCCUUUCCCUCCUCAAGUGUCUCAAGACUGACACCGACGUCGUGGUCCUCACCACCGGGGUACUAGUGUUAAUCACGUUGCUACCCAUGAUCCCUCAGUCUGGGAAGCAGCACCUGCACGACUUUUUUGGCAUCUUCGGCCGCCUUUCAUCUUGGUACUUGAAGAACCCAGGCCACGUGGCUGAGAUCUACCUGGUCCACCUCCACGCUAGCGUGUAUGCCCUCUUCCACCGCCUUUAUGGAAUGUACCCGUGCAAUUUUGUCUCCUUUCUGCGCUCCCACUACAGUAUGAAGGAAAACCUGGAGACCUUUGAAGAGGUCAUCAAGCCAAUGAUGGGCCAUGUCCGUAUCCAUCCGGAGCUGGUGACCGGUUCCAAGGAUCACGAGCUGGACCCUCGGAGGUGGAAGAGGCUAGAAACGCACGACGUGGUGAUUGAAUGUGCCAAAAUCUCCCUGGAUCCAGCGGAAGCUUCCUGUGAAGACGGCUACUGCCCAGCCGCCCUCCAAGCCUCCACGCACGUAUCGCUGCGCCCCACCGACCCUGAUGCCAGUCCUUACCUGAUCCCCCACACUAGUCUGGGAGCCGUGACGUCCACCCCUUACUCUUCCUCUCAGCUAGUCCUUGCUCAGAUUCCAGGGCACCUACCUCACCUCCUGAACCCCCAGUCCUCGAGCUUGUCCACUGAGCCUCAGCAGGCGCCUUUCUGGAGCCCCUCUGCUGUUUGUGGCAUGACCACCCCUCCAACCUCUCCUGGCCUUGCUCUGGAGUCUUUGCAGACUUCUUCCCAGCCUCCCAACAAGUUCUUCAGCAUAGCCGACGAUUUGGCUCCGGGUUCAGUUCCUGCGACGACCGCUGCUGCACCUUCGAAGAAGGAGGAAAAAACAGAUCCUUCAAGGCCUUUUCUGUCCCGACAGCAAAAUAUCAUCAACAGAACUUUGGACUCCCAAGGCAGUAAAAAUUCUGUAACUUUAAGCGACCUGCCCAACAUCCUGGGUGACCUCGAGGCCUCUUGUGAAGACAGCGGAGAGAAAGACCGAGAGGAAGAAGCCAUCUCCAACGAACUCUCCGAGAUCACCGCCGCAGAUGCCGAGCCCGUCGUGCCCCGGGGAGGCUUUGAUUCUCCGUUCUACCAAUCCAGUGAGAAUCUCUCCAGCUCUCGGAAAUCUCAGUCGCUCGUUUCAACCGCUGCAGGGCAGUUUUCGAACGCCGAUCCUUUGACAUCUUUCCUGGACCAAUCCUGGCUGGAAGGCCCGCGGGAUACUCCGAAGCAAGCCUUCACGCCCAUCGAGCGGCCUUGUCGGGAUGCCGAAGAGAUUCCUGGGAGAAUCCAGGAACUGUGGGCUUCCCCCGAUCCGGGCAUAUUGACUCCCAGCCCUUGUAAAAUCCCCGCUCGCCAGAGACCUGGCCUCGGGAGCCAACCGCUUCCCGAAUACGAGCACCUGUUUGAGGUGGCGUUACCCAAAACUGCUUACCUGUUUGUCGGCCGGAAGACGGAAGAGCUGCUGAAAAAAUUCAAGGGAGGACUGGAGGACGAAGGCUUUCUCUCUGCUUCACCUUUGAGGGUUCUAGACAGGCUGCUCCAACACGGGGCCGAUGUUCACAGCAGAGAACUCAACAAGUUAUCGUUGCCCAGCAGAUCCGCCGAUUGGACCCACUUUGGAGGUUCUCCCCCUUCCGACGAGAUUCGCACCCUGCAGAAUCAGCUGCGCCUGCUGCAUAACCAGCUGUUGUAUGAGCGCUUCAAAAGGCAGCAGCACGCUCUCCGGAACAGACGCCUGCUGAGGAAAGUCAUCAAAGCUGCUGCCCUGGAGGAACACAACGCAGCCAUGAAAGACCAACUGCGCCUCCAGGAGAAGGACAUCCAGACCUUGAAGCUCAGCCUCCAGAAGGAGCAGGACAAACACCGCCUCUUCCAGGAAGAAUGCGAUGGCAUGGUGGCUCAGCUCCACAGUCAGAUCCGACAGCUCCAGCACGAGCGGGAGGAGUAUUAUAACCAGAGCCAAGAGCUGAAGACCAAACUGGAAGACUGCUCCAACGUCAUCCGGGAUUUGCGGUCCGAGCUGAAAAAAUCCAACAACAAGGUGUGCCACACAGCACUGCUGCUGAGCCAAGUUUCACAAAAGCUUUCCAACAGCGAGUCCGUCCAACAGCAGAUGGAAUUCUUGAACAGGCAACUGCUGGUGCUCGGAGAAGUGAACGAGCUCUACCUGGAGCAGCUUCAGAACAAGCAUGCCGACACCACGAAGGAAGUGGAGAACAUGCAGACGGCCUUCCGGAAGGAGCUGGAGAGAGCCAAAUCCUGCCUCCUCCUCCAGAGUCAGCAAGUGGAAGCCUCUCAGAACCGGAUUGCGGAACUGGAAUCCCAGCUGACCAAGAAGGAUCACCUGUUCCUGGAGCAGAAGAAGUACUUGGAGGACGUCAAAGCCCAAGCCAGGGACCAGUUGCAGGCGGUCGAGCACCAGCACAGAGUGCAGAAACAAAUCACGCGGACUUUUGAACUGGAGAUAUUACGCCUGUACAGUUGCCUGGAUAGCGACCGGUUGCAGAAGAAACAGGAGGACAAAAUGGAAACGGCAGAAAUGGCCGAAGAAAGGCCCUCGGUCAAUGAAGGUCUGUGUCACCCGGUUGCUGGAUGUGGCGAUGAAAUGCUGGACAGAAACGGAGAGACCAGUUUUGCCGGCUCCCAGGCUCACAAUAGCACCAGCAGCAGCAGCAGCAGCAGCAGCAGUAAAGGCAACAGCAGUGGAUCCAGUCCGGAAAAGACCGUCGGCGAACGAGGCGGACAAUUCAACAGCUGCUGGGAGGCCUCUGCACGCCAGGAGCCGCCUUCCAGCCGCAGCCGACUGACUGUGGGUUCCUUCCCGAGUUCGGAGAGCUUCCUGGGCAUGAAAGCGCGCGAACUCUUCCGCAACAAGAGCGAGAGCCAGUGCGACAAUGACCAGGCGGCCAUUCAGAGCCUGUGCGGCACGCUGAAGACUGAAUUGUGCAAAGGGCCCCCCGGCCUAGAAACCGGAGGGGGCUCCCUACCCCCUUCUCCGGGUCCCGCAGAAACCACGCCCUCUCCCCGAAAUCAAGAAAGCAGCAUCGAAUCGCUGCAUAUAAUGGACUACAACGAAUCCCAUCACGGUCACAGCUAAACCGGGAGAGAGAGAGAGAGAGAGAGAGAGAGAGAGAGAGCGGCGGGGGACGGGAAAAAGAAAAAGGAAAAUCAGUGUUAACUUUUCUCAUAAUCUCAGCCUCCGGGAGAGGGAGAGGCACGCAGGGGCACAUGUGGUUUUAACUCCAAAGCUUUCCCGUUUUCGUUCUAGGCCCGUGGAAUUCCCAUCACGGGAACGGGACCUGGUUUUGUUUCGUUCGGGGCGGGUUGGAACUUGGCUGAGCGAAUAUCCGGGCGGAUGCCAGAUCUGGAAAGGAGCUCUCUGCCCUCUUUUGAUGCGUUUUCUCCCUUCUUCCCCCCCCCCCCCCUACUUCUUCCUUCACUUGGGGUGGUGAUGGCUGAAGGUGUUCGACUCCCUUUUGCCUCCCACCGAACGAAUUUUUGUGCAAUAGGUUAGCUGGCGGAUCGGGAAAGGGGGUAGGGGAAUGUUUGCGUGCUUGCUCUGAAGGACUGUGCCCCCCCCACUCCCCACCCCCCCCAGUCCUCAAUCAGGGUUGGUAGCCAUCUUGCCCCCCCCCACCCCCUUUCGCAGGUGACAGUUCUCCUCCCAAAGUAAUUUUCUUUUUUUUAAAUAAAAUAAAAGAACCCUCCGAUAUCCUCGUGAGCACGCUGGACUUUGCUCCGAUAUUUCAAAUCCUACCUUUAGGAUUCCAAUCGCCUUCCCUUUUAAAACAACCACCUCCCCCUCCCUCCCCAAAAAUCGGCUUAUCUCCCCCCGUGGAUAGGAAUUUUUUGGGGGUGGGGGGAAGCCGCCCCGCCAGAGUCCCCACACAAAUCUCAAAGCAUUAUUUCUUUCGAUACUUUUAUUCUCUUUAGCUGUGUGCGUGUUUCUCUCUAGUCGGAUAAGCUGGUAAUGACCCCCCGACUUGAGUUUUGUUAAGUGAAAAAGGAAGGAGGAGGCAUCCUUCCCAUGAUGGUUGAGUGUUUUAUAACAGCAGCAGGUGGAAAUUUAUGGCGGAAACCACAAGGGGGGGGGAAUCAGCUCUCUCCCCACCGCCUGUCCUGUGCUCCCCUUUCCCCGCGUCCCCUCAAAGCGAGAAGCAUCUCCUUCGCUGGUUUUGUGUUCCACCUGCACCCAAAAUGAGGUUUCUCCUUCCUUUUUUAUAUAUAACCCAGUUUCUUACAAGAGGCUUACCAUCUCUGGCUGGCCACCAGCCAAGGCUGGAACGCCAAAACCCGUCGGUCUGAAGCCCUUCUGGUUUUCUCCGGAUUUGAACCUUCCGUUGGGGACUGGGUGUGCGCAUGGAUGAGACCUGUGACCAUUUCCCCCACCGCCCCCAUCCUCAAAACCUUCAGAAGGAGAUCCUUGGCAAGCCAGCCUUGUGGUUCUUGGAGACAGAUGGCGCUUCGAAGGCUUAAAUGUCGUCCCCCCCUUUCCCCGUUUGCGUUGUGUCUCUUUCACGAGGACGUCCUUCACUUUGGCGGGAGGGAACACCUUGAUUCUUAAAAACCACACAAGGGCAUCUUCUCCGCCCCUUCCGCUUCUGAAUAUUUUCUACCCCUUUUCGGGCACAAAACCAGCCCUGGGGGAGCUCUGUUUCGUCCGAGAAAGCUGCUAAGGUUCCCCCACUCCCCGCUCCCCCAAAAUCGCCACACCUCGCUUUUCCUCCAGUGGUCCUUCGUACAUUUCUUAAACCAAACCUUUUCUUUUCUCUCUCUGGACCCUAAGCAGACGGCGAGUUUAAAUCGCUGCUUUUUUGAACGGAGGGGGGGGGGAAAAUCACGGCAAGCGUGCAAUGGGGUGGAAUGAGGGCGAUGUUUGGCUGAGUGUCAGGGGAAAAUGGUGAACUUGCCUUGUUUCUAUCUGAUGUAUGGAUGGGCUGAAGGCAUGUGGCUGAUGGGGGCUGUAGUCUUGUCCCAAGUAUGAGCUCGGAGGGUUAUAAGCGGUUGCUGUUUGGGGGGGGGGAAUGCUGAUGUCUGUGGUUGAAGCCCUCCCCAUUCCCUACAGCAGGGCUCCUUCAAAUUUGGCCACUAUUAAGACUUCUGGACUUUCCAACUCCCCAGCCAGCCAUUCUGGAAGUUGAAGAGGUCCACAAGCUUUUAAAAAACGGCCAGGUUUGGAGACCCCUGCCCCGAAGGAAGAGAAUGAGUUUAUUCCCCCUCUUCUACUCCCUUCAAAUGGAUUUAAAGCCGGUCCUUGGCAUAUCAACUGCAGUCCUUUGGGUUCUGCAGAGCUGAUCCCCAACCUUUUCCCAGCCCAACCAAAUCGCUUCCCCCAACCUCUUUAUUCUGCGGGUGUUCGAACUGGAAUAGCCCCCCUCUUUUGUGAACAUUUUGGCAGGGUCCUUUCCCACCUGAAGGCUUGUAGAUUUCAACUCCCCAAAUUCCCCAGCCAGCCAUGCUGAGGAAUUCUGGAAGUUGGAGACCCCUGAUUUACACCCUCUCACUCUGGGGCAUCGAUGGAUUUUCAGAUCCCAUCCAAGUCACUGAUAGAGGCUGACUUUUUAACUUCCUUAUCCCUUUGGGGGAGAGGGCUCUUUCCACCACCCCACCACCCCCUCAAGGGCACCCAACCUUAUUUCUCUGUUUAGCUAUCCGGAUUUGGAAAUAUCUUCAGGAAGGAAGCUUGCUCUGUUUUUUUUUUUUCUUCCCCCAUGCCGACCGUCCCAAUCUCGAUUGGAAAGGGAUCAAAAUAAUCCCAUCUUUUCUCCCCCCCCCCCUUCGUGGGUAGGACCAAUUCCUUGGUUUGGUUGGUUUUGCGCAAAUGGCAAAUCCGCGAUGAAUUUGGGUGGGAUUGUUCCCAGCCAGGCUACAACAAAGAUGGCACAAAUCCUUCUCCUCCUCCUCCUCCUUUGAAUCAUGGAUGUAGCGUACAUAAUGGAAGUAUUUGGGUUUUUUGGGGGGUGGGAGAGGUAUUUUUUUCCCUCUCUCUUUCUUGCCAUUUUGGGAAGGGAGGGGGAAGAAAGGUUCCCGUUAGCGAAGCUGAAAAUAAUCCUUGCCUUUCCCCCCCCCCUCUCCUUUUCUUCAAGAAAAAAAAAUCUCUGAUCGCUUUUACUUAAAUCUUUAAAAAAAGAGAGAGAAGAAAAAAGAAAAAAAAAACCAAGCUGUGUAUAAAAAGCAAACAUUUUCCUGCCUUCCCUCUCUUUGUAAGCAUGAUUUUUUUU